AUGACGACCAUCGAUAAGAUCAAGAUUUCUCGAGGUAGCGAGCACCCUGACUACGCUACCGGAAUGUGGAGUUUAGGCCUGUUAUGGGAGAAAAAGCAGGAGCAAAGCAAGGCCAUGAAUGCUUAUCAAGUUGCCAGGGCAUCGCUCUACAAGAUUAUCUCAGAUCGCAUCAUUCUCCUAACAGAGAACGGCAAUAACUGUAAAGAAGCUGUCCAAGACGACUCGGCCACAAAUGGCGCUGAGGACAUGCAAAUCAAACGUUUGCAUACUACGCAGACCUGCUAG